AUGGCUUCACUUUCAGCUGCUAAACUACUCAAGGCAACCACGCUGCUCGCCGUCGUCCUCGCCAUGCUAGUCCUCCCUACCUCAGCACGCUACCGCUCACGAGCUCCUGCUCCCGCACCGGCUCCGGCGGGGGUCAUAGUACGAUGCAGCGAGUGCCCCGCGUACUGCGCGGCCGCCGUGGCGGCGGCCGGCCUGUGCGGCAAGUACUGCGACCCCCCGUCAUCGACGAGCUGCGACGGCUGCAGGUCCAUGGUGCUCCAGUACUGCACGGCGUGCUGCGUCGCCGGCGGCGGCUGCAGCAGCAGCAGCAGCACCGCCGCAAGUGGCUGCGGGGCGUGCAACUACUGCGGCGGGCGCGGGUGCGCCGGCGAGGUGCAGCGCGCGUGCGAGCAGCCGCAGGGCGCCUGCCGCGUUGAGGACGAAGGGGCGUGCAAGGGCUGCCGGGCACGGGAGGAAGAGCAUUGCAACGAGUACUGCAAGAGCAACUGCGUCCAGUAA